GCUAAACCAUUUCUAACCUCUAAUGCCAGACAAAUUGUUCUCGGUUUUGUGGGGAAAAAACACGCAAAAAUUUAUCGCUUUGGAGCCAGUGUUUGCCUGCAAUGGCGGAGACCGUGCCUGCACUAUUCGAGCAGGAACUGUUGGGCGUCAAGGAGCUGCUGUGGGGCGCCGAAAUCAAACAGGACAUCUUUCAGCGAUGGUCCCAAGGGUUCUAUUUCAGUAGCAGCGAGAAAAGUGCACUGGAACAGGCAAAAGGAGGCCCAUGCGCCAUCAUCGCCCCAGUCCAGGCCUUCAUCGUCAAGAACCUGCUGCUAGAGUACAAGGGAUUCCAUUUUAGAGAUCGGGUAAAUGCGAGCCAGGGCUCAACCACUUGUUCGUCUAAAGCGCGCCCAUUGCAGGUGACUUCGGAAGUGCAAAGUAGAAUUUUGGUGCGCGCAUUAUGCGAAAUACUCAGCCAAGUGAGUAAUCGCCACUUCUGUGUGGUGCACAUUGACGAGAGCGGAGCCAAGCGGGAAGGAGACAGGAAUAAGAACCUCUCAGACUCUCAAGACAUUAACGCUGUGCAAUUUCACGAAGACUUACGUGUGAUAAUGUUCGUCACUCUGGGCCAGGUCACCAAGUAUUACCUGGACCACAUUGCUGCACUGCAAGGCAAAUUUGGAGUGCUCCUCUUUCUGUAUUCUGUGAUAUUAUCUAGGGGGUUGCAGCGAGUGAAGUCGGAAUGCUUUGACUUGCAAGAGCCGCUCAUCGAUGAAACCUACGGCUAUGGCAGCCAGGCGUUAAUCAACUUGAUGAUCAGUGGACGAGCCACCAUGUACGUUUGGGACCACUUUCAAGAGAUAGCCGGACUGACCUUAAUGGGAAUAGAGAAGCAAAGUCAAGUGGGGUUCAUCACCAUUAUGGAAUACCACCGGUUAUGCACGGUGGGGUCCUUCUACAAGAACCCCAUUCAUCCUGUUUGGGUGUUAGCGUCCGACACCCAUUUAACAGUAUUAUUUAGUGAUGAGAGGCAGCUGGUGAGUCUGGAAACCAAAAGCGAGCAAGCGCGGCGGAUAUUCAAACGCUUUGACCCCGAAGAGAAUAACUUUAUCAGUUCGGACAAACUGCGCGAUGUCCUGCAGGCCUUAAACUUAGUUAAUGAACUUGAAUACGUAAAUAUAAUGAAGAAGAAGCUAGAUAGCGAAUGCCUAGGAAUCAUACUGUUGAGCGCAUUUAUGGACGAAUUUUUCCCGAAGGAAGAGUCAUCGACGCCGGAUUUGUUCACCUUGUUCCACUAUAAUGGGCUGGCGCAAAGCCACGUUAAUGGCCAAAUUCAGUAUCACAUCGGAUCGGCGAUCCUUCUAGAAUCUGACAUCAAGGCGGUAUGCGAGUCCAACGCCAUGCUGACAGUGCUGCAGACCAAAUGGCCCAAUAUAGAGGUGAACUGGUGCGAUGGAGCCACCCCUUCCUUGAACUAGGCAUUCUUUGUACAUUAAUUUAUUGUUUUCAGUUUCACUUUGUUGCCUUAAGCUAGUGUUUUGAUAGAAUUUGAAAUUGGAGCUUUCGUUACUACCCAGCUCCCAUCGGUCUGAUUGUGUUUUUCACGUUGUCAAUGCAGAAUGGGGAUCGCCAGGGGCGAAAGCGUUGUUAUUGUUAAUUUUAGGGCGCGUUGCUACUGAAUACUUUCCUAUUUUGGACAGGAAACUUCUUAUGAGUUUUGCCGGCAGAGAAAUUGCCUCUAGUUUAAAGGAAAUUUUGUUGGUUUUUUUAACGAUGGUUACUGAUUGUGCCAAUUUUCCCCAAAUUCGGAACACUUGGUUGAUUUCCUGAUAGCGAGCCCUUCUUUUAAAUGUACUGUUAAAAAUCUUAUCUACAUACCUGCUGUUAAUAAAUUAUUUAAACAU